GUCAAUUUUUUUUGUGCAUGUAUUCGCUUGUACGCUUCUGCGACGUACGACAUCAGCAGCGAGAGAGCUGCAACUAAUUGCGCAGUUAACUAAAGGAAAAGUACAAAUAUCGAAGAAAGACUUUGAAGUUUGCAAUUGGGCACUCUUUGUGAAAACCUGCUUGUGCAGAAUGAUACAAGAAUUGCCGCCAAUUGUGCUAAGGGGCAAAGAUCUGCGCAAAUUUCAUCAUCUGAGACGCAAAUAUCCCGUUUCGUUGGAAUUCUUGCACAGCAACUGGGGAAAUGCGAAACGUUUCAUCAUCUACGCCCUGAAUCCGCGAUGUAUCCUGCGCAAAUAUGCGUGGCGUAAGCGGCGUAAUCGAGUCGUAAUCCUUGAACGAUCGCGUCUGCUGCUCUUCGAUCCGCGUCGGAAGAACAUGAUUAAGAAGCGCAAGGCGCACAUAAAGCAAUGGUCAUCGAGCAUUGUGGCUUACUAUAGAAAAAUGGGUCGCAUAUCGGAGUACGAGGAGACGGAACUGUACGGCGAUGAGCUGUCCAAGCAGAUGAAACAACAACUGGAGCUGCUGAAGAGCGGCAAGCGCGGACUCUCCUUGAUCGAGGAUGCCAACAAGAAUUUGGAGCUGCGUCAGGACAAACAAGAAGAGAAGAAGGGAGCAGAAGAGACAAGGGAAGAAGAUGUGCAGAGCAGCGCAAAAGAUGGCCAAAUUGAAGAAGAGAAGGAGAAAGACGGAGAACACGAUAAAGUAGAAGAGCUUGCUCCAACAUCUUCAAAACGACUUGAUUCAAAAUCUUCUAAAGAACUUGCCUCAAAAUCUACAGAAGCGAUGACUCCAAAAUCUUGCCAACAGCUCACUGUCAAAUCUCCAGAAAAACUCACUCUAGAACGUGUUCCAAUAUCUCCAGAAGUGCUGGCUUCAAAAUCAACAAAAUUGCUCGUUCCAAAAUCAAAAGAAGCGCCAACAACCGCUGGUGUCCGUUGCAAUAGUCCUGCCAAAGUAACUGAAAAGUCGUCGGAAAAAGCCGGAGGAAGCAAAUUCUUAGACAUGCUCAUGAAUAAAGUGCGCGUCAAGAAUUUUGCCAAAGAGUCUGCCAUCGCCACGAAUGAGGACUGUAGCCCCAACAAGGCAGCAAGACAAACGGCUGAGUCAAACAGCGAAUUUUGCUAUAAUGAUGACACCAGCGAGGAUUUCGUUGGUUUCGAUGAGACCGCCCAUCAGCCGGGCAUGCUGCUGACUCCGCUGGUGCCGCAGAGCGGCAAAGCGCUCGAUGGGAAUGGCGCCUUUGUCAGCGAGGCGCUCGAGGCCUACAUGAAAGAGAACAAUCUGCGUGAGGAUCGCGACCGGCUGCUCGAGCCGAUGUAUCAGGAUGGACGCGUCACGGCGCAUAGUGUGCCACCGUAUAUGGAUAUGCCGGCGGUGCCGGAUAGUUUGCAGCGACUGCGUACAGUUGCGGAGAGACGACUGUAUUUGCAGCGCUCCAAGAACCAAAAGAUGGCCAUCAUCAACAACGAGGCGAACAUCUACAGGGAAUUGCAGCGUAAGCAGCGCCAGCGUAAGGUAAAAAUUGCCGCAAUGCAACAGCUACAAUCGACUAGCAGCCAGAUGCCCUUCACCCGACAGGGCUGGCAGGCGGCCAGCUAUUUGGCAACGGAGCAUGAUAAGUAUUACUAUCAGGUUAUACGCGUCGAUGGACAAAUGGUGCGCCUGCCUGGUAGCCAGGGCAACAAUACGCACCGCGAGAAGCAACCGCAUCACAAUCAGUUGAGCGCCAAGGAGUUGGCCCAUCUGAAAUGCCAUAGCAAUUGCGUGGAUGCAUCGGUGCAGGCCGAUCUGAAGAUCUUGAAUACGCGUCAGGUCGAUACAAAGAAACUGCAGAAGUUAAACCAAUUUCCGCUGCCGGCCAUCUUUCGUCCGUGUCCACUGUCACAGAAGCCAUAUCAGAAACCGCUGGAUGAUGAUACGGCUGCUCUGCUGUUAGCUGGUGGCAGCAUGGCUAUUGUUAGUAUGCCCACCGUUCAACUGGAUGUUAAACCACAGACGGGUCGACCCUUGGACGAGAUAGCCAAGCGUUAUCUACAGUAUAUACUGCCACAUCAUGACAUCACCCGCGAGUGGGCCGAGUUCAGUGUGUCCACGUUGCAGGAGUCGCCAAAUAGUAUGCGCGAAGCAGAGGCACAGGCGGCAACAAUGUCGAUUGCCGGUCGUCGCAAGAGCUUCACGUUUGUGAUACCAUAUAUGAAUGAUCGCAAUCAUAUCCUGGUGCGUCGCGUUGUCGAUCGCUCCGAGCAGUUGGACGAGAAUUUCACGGCCGCCCAACCCGAGGAGAAGCUGCGGGAAUUUGAGUUCCGCAAGCAAUUGCCAGCCAUAUGCGAUGCAGUUGCCUUGGACUGUGCCGAUGUGAUUAAUGACAUGAUCAACACGGUCGCAAUCAGUUGCAGCGAGAACUCAUUCAUCGGCAUCGAUCCCGAUGCAGUGAGUGCUGCCAAGCCGGAGCCGACUGAUGGCGAUGUGUUUGCCAACAAGUCGAUUGGCAAAGGGAUUGCAACCAAGCAGCAACAACAACUGCAGCGACGAUCCAACAACAACAGCAGCAACAGCAACAAUAGCAGACAGCAGCGUUUGACCAAAGAACUGAGGCGUCUCAAUGCCACCAUUAUCGAUGCGGCUGCCAUUGCCAAGGAUGCAAAUAAACCAUGCAUCAAGGAUUUCUGCCGGCUGGGCUGCGUCUGCGAGAGUCUGGUCGGAGUGCGACCAACCCGCGAGCAUUGUGGACGCGCUGAAUGUGUCCUCGAAUGCCGCUGCACAGGAACCGAACUAACGCGCAUUAUGCACGUCGAAACCGAUGGUCGCGGCAUUUCCAAUGAGGAUGCGUUCAAUUUGCGUCGCCAGGCAACGGCGCGUCUGGCCAAAAUGGAAAAGGAUUUCACCUCGACACUGGUGCUGACGGACAACGAGACGCUGCUUAUCAAUGAGACGCAGUGCGAUAAGAAGCGACGCUGCACCAAAGCGCCCAAACGCUACGAGGACUUUGACGACACCCUGGACGACGAUGAGGAGCCGUGCGCGCGUCCGACCAGAUCAGCCAAGCGUGAGGCGAGCCUCAAGCGCAGCCCCGACAGUGUCAAACUGACGCCACCACCACCACUGUUGCAGGCCAAACCCUGCAUUGUGAAGGAUGUCGACUAUGAGAAGCUGCGCCAUUGCCGGGUCGCCUUGCGUCGCCUGCCCGAUGUGGCUAAUCUGGCCACGUUCUGCAUGACCCAUCAGCUGUACAACUGCUUCUGCGGCGGCCUCGCCCAAGAUGGUAAACCAGUUGUCAUUGACAAGGAGGAGGCAGAGCUGCCCGUGCCGCAUUAUGUGCCCGAGUUGGCGACUCGCGCUCACUACAGCUUCGAGAGGGCACAGGAGACACCGCCACCGACGCACAGCAAGAAGCGCAAGAAGCAACAACAACAACAACCGAAGACGAUGCCUGCCAAACCGUCGACGCCGCUACCGCCAUUGAUACCAUUGACGCCGCCAGAACAGCCAACUGAAACUGUGGCCAACCAAUCCAACGCGACGUCGAUAAUACCUGUUCUGCCCGAGCAAUCAUCGGUCACCGCCGAACUGGACACAAUCCUCAGCUAUUAUCGCUGUCGCCCCGACAUGUGCCGUCGCGCCAUAGUUAUUCCCAAGAAAUGUUAUAUACGCUCCAAUCGCCGGCGCAGGGAGCGACUGCGUUUGGAGAUCGCCAAGGCGGAGACGCCACGCACUCAGAAUCUGAUCGAGAAGCGCAUCUAUAGCGCCGUGCGCUACUAUCGCGCCGAACUGGAUAAUCAGCGGCGCCAGGAGAAGCGGCCGUGGUUGAAGCAACAGCAACAGGAGAAGCUAGCCUCGGAGCCAACUGUGAUUGUGGUGCGUGACGAUUCCGAUGAGAGUGAUACCUCCAGUUUGUCGACACGCAAGCGGAGCGCAGAGACAACGGAGGAGCUGACUGGCUGCAUGGAGGAGCAGCCCCAGCCAUCCAAGCGAAAGAAGAAGGAGCUCAAGGAGAUGCCAGUGAAGAAGCCAUCGCCUCCCAUUACGUUUAUACCAAUUGGGCCCAAGCCAGCGCCGUCCGUGGCCGAGCUGCCGCCAAUCCCAGCUCUGCUAUUUCCAACGCCCGAUACUAUGGAAAAAAUGCCCAUAAUCUCCUCAUGCUAUUCGCUGUAUAACAAUGCUGCCAUCGAAAUGCCCCAGAGCGGCAUCAUCAACAACAACAAUGAAACUGUUGCGUCCACAUCCAAUCGUGAUGAGAAUACCGCGAUGGAUUCGUCGACCUUUCACUCCUCCUGCAAUGAUGUCAUCAAGAAGAUGAACACGCUGGUUAGCAAGAAAAUGCAGGACAUCGAUAUGGCGCUGAAGCGUGAAAGUAAAAUAAUACCACCACCGAAUGCCGAGAUACUCUGCAUCAUUAAAUGGACCAACUUUCUGGGGGCCUUCGACUCGGACUACGUUUUCAUUUGGGAUGUGCAAAUGACGAACUUCAGUUUCCUGGCGGCGACCAUAACGAACAUGAUGCCCGCAAUCUGUGGCGCAAUUGCUGUUGUCAACACACGCUUUGCACCGGAUCCAAGUGCGUUGUCGUUGAUGGCCCGGAUGCUGCUGGAGGGCCAACGGAAUGAGCACACCUCUCGGCUGGCUGUCGUCAUGCAGGGCAGACAAGAUUAUUGGCUGGUCAAGGGAUUCCUGCGCUACAUGGAGGACAAUACGUGCACGAAACCAACGCCACAGUCGCAUCCCUUCCUCACCAAGAAAAUCAACAUAUUGUGCACGCUGAUGGUGAAGCAAAAGAUUAAGGAGAAGAGACCUCAAGUCGAAUCAGUCGAUAAAUCGCCAUCAGAAGACGCUCCAGCAGCAGCAGCAGCAGCAGCAGGUUCACCAGUGACAGCCACAGCAACGGCAACGGCAGUUUCCACAGCUCCUUCAGCAUUAGGUGCUGCUACUACCAUCUUAGCUGCUAAGCCGGCUGCAGCAGGGGAGCAGGUGAAACAGACGCCAAUCAAUAUAUGCAGCAAUGUUGAGAUCCGUAAAGUAAUCCAAUUGGAUGUGCCGGAAAUGCAAAUACCAGAAUUGCAACCGCACGAUCAUCGCUGGCUUGUGCUCAACUUGUAUGACGAUUUCUCGCACAUCUUUGUGCCGGCAUUCAGGGACAUGAUCUCACUAGAUCGCAUACACAAUGUGAUGCACGUGGCGCAGGACACCCGCAAGGUGGUCAAGCUGCAAUUCUUUCAGGAUGCCCCAUACGAUGCCUUCGUUACGCCGCUAUCCAAGCGCAAAAUCUACUUUGGACCACUUCGCCUAGAUAUGCAGCCGCCGGUGCUGGUGCUGCUCCAGAGCGUCGAUGGCAAGAUGAUGUUGCGUGAGGUGUAUCAAAGGGACCACAAUAUUCCCGUGCAGCAUGACAGACGGACCAUGGCCUUCUGGCUGAUACAGAUUAACAAACAGGUGCACUUCGAUAUUGAGAUGUGUGAAAAGGGCAGAUUGGCCAAGGUGGCGACCACCUCCUCGCAGACAUUGGCAAUUCAGGAGCAGGACUUUCAGGCGGCAUUCAAUGCUGCCAUGUGCGACGAUGACGACGACGACGACGAUUGCGUUAUCAUCAACAAUGAUGAAGAGGAGGAGGCGCUGCUGCUGGACGACGACGAUGAGGAUGAGCAGGAUGCGGACGAGGAGCAGGAUACAAAAAAGUUGCUGCAGCCAAGUCAGAAGCAGCAGCAGUCUGCUAAAAACGCACAACGUCGAUCGCAUUUCACCAUUCAAACUGUGCCCAACAAUGGCGGCGCUCUCCAAAUAACAUCAACUUUGCCACGUUCCAGCAACUCCAGCGAUAUUCCAGAACUGAAGACCGGCUUUUUGCCGUUCAUUGCGAAUAUGCCUGCUGUGGGUGGCUUUGCACCUGCCACACAAUUUCUUACGCCCCAAGUGCAGGUCACCAAGACUCCAGUGCCACCUCUUGUGGCAAGCACUGACAAUGAGUCGCCGCCAGCUAAAAUCAGUCGCAUCUCUGUGCAGCGUUGUGCGGAUGCCAAAGAGACGCCAGCGCCAGCGCCAUCGAAAAUCAACGAUUCGCUGCAACAAUUGCUCAGCGGUGGCAAUAACAACAUACAAAUCGGCAGUGGCAGCCGCGGAGUUACCAUCACCAAGCUCAAGGCCACCAAAGAGGCGACUAAGGUUCCAGCUGCUGCUACGACUACGACUUCUACUGCUUCUACUGCUCCUGCUACUGUGGAGGAAAUUAAAAUAGGCAGCAAGCGCAAGUCGCCACAAAUCGCUGCAGCAGCCGCAGCAAUUGCUCCGGCAGCAUCGGGUGGCAUGUCUGCUGAGUCCAUGCUAGAGCAAAUUGAUAUGCCCAGCUUGGGCAAAUUGGAGUCGCUGCUGAUGCAUCCGUUAGAAGCAACACCAGGAGCAGCAGCAGCAGCAGCAACCACAUCACAAGAGUCAAAGACACAAGUGCCAGCAGCAGCAACAAAAUCUGCUCCGCGCUCUAAGAUGCAAUUCCCUCCAGCAGUCGCACAAAAGUACAAAGCAGCACAGCAAUCCAAGGCCCAACUUGCUGCUGCAAAAAUGCCCAAGAUUCAAUCCACAAAGAUUCAAUCUUCAGCAGCACCAGCUACACAACAGGCCAAUAAUCAAUUGCCAGCAGCAGCAGCCGCACAGUCAUCAAAGAUGACAGGAGGAGGAGCACAACCAUCGAAGAUUCAAUCGCAAACUGGAGCAGCACAGUCAAAGAUUCCAUCGGCAACAGCUGCAGCUACACAGUCGAAGAUUCAGUCACCAGCAGCUGCACCAGGAGCAGCACAAUCACCGAAGACUCAGUCACUAGCAGCAGCAGCACAGUCGAAGACUCAGUCAUCAGCAGCAGGAGUAGCACAGUCGAAGAUUCAAUCCCAAGCAGCAGCUGGAGCACAGUCGAAGACUCAGUCAUCAGCAGCCGGAGUAGCACAGUCGAAGAUUCAAUCCCAAGCAGCAGCUGGAGCAGUAGCUCAUAUCAAGGUGGACACACAGCAGUCCAAGGUUAAAUCGCAGCCAAAGCAGCUGGCAAGCAAACCGACCGUUUUCAUUGUGCCGCGAUCAUCACUGCCAGCAGCCCAAUUGCCGCCAACUGCUGAGCAUGAUGAGCAGCCGCCGAGACCGCUCCUCUGUGCCCGACCAACCGAUGCAAAGAAGAGCCGAUAUGGUUAUUUUGUGGCCGAUGGUUUGCCGCGUUAUCGAGUUAAAAUGAUGGAUGACAAGUUAGUGAUCAACGUGCCCGAAGAGGGCAUCUUCUCCUUCAAGAGCAGUGCGAAGGCCAGCGCCUUUCUUAAUCGCUGUUUGUCACGCAAGCCGAAUUUAAAGAUGCAUUUGCCAGCUGAUUGGAAAUUUUCUCCCACUACCCGCAGCACUCCCAUUGUAAUCGAUGAUUAAGACUCAGUAAAAAAAAAAAAGGAAGAACAGAACAAAAAACACCCGCGCAUAAAAUAUAAAUUAUAAUUAUAACUGUACUGCAUAUGCAAUAUGUUAGAAUUAAGUUGAUAAUUUAAGUAAAACAACUUGAAUUAUUUAGUUUGUUUAAUUAUGAAAUAUGUGAACGGCUUUUAUUGAGAAGAUGCCACAAAAAUAAAGAUAUAACAAGAACAAGAAAUUCA